GCGCAGUUGCGCGCUGAUGCGCCUUCCCCACUGUCGCCCUGAUAACUUCAACAGCGCAGGGCUGCCACCUUUCUUCGUCAACAUUAUCGUCUCUAGCAAUAUUUCCUCAUCAAAAUGCGAUGGAACUGGUGUUUCUGUCUCCCCGUCUCUUGGCUGUCCUCUUCUUCUUCAAUGGACAUAGAUGUUCAUGCGAGAAAGCGAGCACUCCUGCGACUUCCUGCGCAAGGAAAUUGCGCGUUCCAAGUCGUCUAGGCGGGUCAAGCCACAAGAAAUACGUUGACCUCAAACGGUCGGGGUCUCGGCAGUGGCUGACGUCUCAAUCAGGGGUAGCAAUCCUUGUUGCGACGACAACGGCCCAUAGCCUCGGAGAUUUGCCGAUCCAAGGGGCUGGCUAGUCGAAAGCACGGAUCAAUGCUAUUAUAGACGCGUAUAGUAAGAACAGCUCCAACUGAUCAACGAGGAUAUCGCCAAUCUGGACUGCGAUGUCGAA